AUGGAGUGGGCCAGGGACCACUUAUACCUGAGAUGGACUACAGACUACCACAUACCAGAUUUGGAAAUCCAAGUCAAAUGUAGUAGGACAGUCUCACUGACAAACCAAGAGUGUCACCUGUACUUGAGGGGAUCUCAUCAACAGCAAGCACCUGUGGUAUAUUUCCAGGUGGAAAUCCUGAGACAGGCAUUCUUAACUGAGACACCAAGAGGUGGGUAA